CCCUUUUGAUUCAAUACAAGAUGUUGGCUGUUGAUCUCUUGAACCCCUCUCACGCUCUUGAGCAGAAGACUCACAAGUUGAAGAGACUCGUGCAGUCUCCCAACUCUUACUUCAUGGACGUUAAGUGCCCUGGAUGUGUUCAGAUCACUACCGUCUUCUCGCACGCCCAGACUGUCGUCAUGUGCUCGAGCUGCGCUAACGUUCUUGCCCAGCCCACCGGUGGUAUCACCCGCUUGACCGAGGGCUGCUCCUUCCGCCGCAAGCAGGCUUAAGCGCUUGU